UUUCUAAUUGUGAACAUUUUCUUUUUGAUUGAUGAAUUAAAAUUAACUAAUUUCAAAGAAAACAAGAACAUCAAUCAUUUCCAUUAACUUGUUUAUCCAAUAUUCUGUUUCUCUGUUGUUUAUAUGUUUCCAAUUUCAUCUAAUGUCCAAUUCACUGGUCAAUCAAUAGUAACCAUCAAUUAAUUGCAUGAGCUUUGAUCAUGUUUAUUUCCACUGAUCAUCAAGUAAUCAUCAAAAUUAAUUACUCAUCUUUAACUUGCAACAAUUAAAUGAUUAACUUUCUGAUUACAAAAUCUAAAAGUUUUUCCCUUUCCCUUUUCUUUUAAUUGUAAUUACUUUUGCUGUCUGAUGAUCCCAACGUAGUUUUUUCAUUAGAAAACAAUUAGACAACAAGAGAUAUUUUUCCAAACAAUUAACUUUUUCUUAAUUUUAAACAUUUAAUUGUUAUUUUGAUAAGUUAUUGUCUAACAAUGUUUAUUUUUGCUGCUCAGUUUCAAGGAUAGAUUUGUAUUGGAAAUUAUCAUUGUUUAAUUGUUGAUUGUAUCUUUUCAUUAAUCUUUAAUUAUCAUCACAAUUUUUUAAACAUUAAAUCAGUAAUAUGAUGAUAAUUGUUGCUACGAGAUUAUGAGAUUACUUUGGAUAAAAAUAAUCUAUUGAUUACAAAUUAAAUGUGUCAUUAGAUUAAUGGAUCAAUUUAUCUGAUUAGUAUUGACCAAUUUUUCUGGUUAACUGGGACUCUUAUUACGUGACAAUUAUCAACCUAAUCGAAUCAGAUUCGAAUGGUUCUAUGCACAUUCGAUGGGUCAACAAUUUGAUUCAGUUCUUCAAUGAUAUCAAGUGAUAAUUGCUGAAUAGAUUGAAUUUAAAUUGUUCCAACUAUUUCGAGGAAAAUUAAAUGAACAUGAGUUGUUACCAGAAAUUCACAUUUCGACAAAUAGUUUUUCUGUUAUCAUUAGAUUUCAUAUCUUCAGUGAAUGGGCUACCCUGUUAUUCGUGUAUAAGUACAACUGUCCAACCCUCGCCCAUUUGUGUGAAUCCUCCUCGAAAUGGUUCAAUCGAAGGGUUCGACCUUUGUGAUGGCUCUUAUUGUACCAAAAUUUGGGGAUUUUUAGAUGAUGGGACAUCAAUUGUGAUUCGAGGUUGUUCAGAGACGAUUCAUUCAUCAUGUAACCUUGAACGGAUCAACUUGAGGCACGAUUUUAGUUUACAAUUACCAGAUCGUUACUUCAAAUCGGGUUGUGUAAAAGUUUGUCGUUGGAUGUUAUGUAAUCAAUCAUCAAAAUUAAGGAUCCAAACAAUUUAUAUAAUUCCUUUCUUCUUAAUCAGUCUCUGCCUGAUAAUCUAGAGAUUCAGUUGACGAUAAACAUGAUAAAAUCACACACGAAUCACGAUUUCUUAUGAAAACACUGAAGAAGAACCUAUUGUGUCCAGUCUCGAAUAGACAAAAGCACAACCAACGACCAUUUCGGGUUUACAGUGUAUCGAAAGCGAUACAAGUGUAAUCAACCAUAUAACUUGUAAUUUUAUUCCCCAAUUUAGUCCACAAGGUACUCGCGUCAAUGAUGUGAAUCCUCAUACAAUUUUGGCUGAAAUGCUGAUCACUUCAACUUUUGAUCCAAAAGAAGCUGAAACAUUAAGUCGAUUGAAUAACGAAAAAUUGUAAACCAGAGUUAAUUGUUUAUCGCUUGAACAAAUAUCAUGCCUAUUAUUUCAUUAACGCUGUUACUUAACAAUUAAUUAGGAAUCUUUCAUCAAUUUGUGC